AUGUUAAACCAUCUACGGGUGGAGCUCAAAGGCUUCUGCCGCCUCCUCUACGUCCAGUUCAGCGAACCUCUCCAGCUCCCACCUCGACAGCCAAGUUCUGGCCAUGUGUCGAGCCAGCUUGCCCCUCCCUGGCCGUUCAACCCUCAAGAAACUGCUCUAAUCCGCGCCGGUUAUCGCCCAGCAUUCAAAUCUGACACCGCCAAGAACGCGGAUUCUACAGAAGCCGACUCUAGUAAGAAGAGCAAGAAGCGCUCUAUUACCAUUAUGGCCGAACCCAGAGCCCGUGCUGCUAGGCACAAGGGUCAGAUGAAUUUUGCUGCUGAAUUGCGUCUCCUCCUUCUCGCAUAUGGCGAUCCAAGCCCGCACCCGUCUUUCCCUUCGGAGCCUCUUCCCGAAACAGUUCGUGUGCUCGAUGAAAUUGUUACCGAUUUUGUCCUUGAGAUGUGCCACGGCGCAGCUCAAUAUGCCGCCUAUUCGCGCCGUCAGAAGAUCAAAGUGGACGACUUCCGGUUUGCAUUGCGCCGUGAUCCCAACAAGCUUGGUCGUGUCCAGGAGCUAUUGCGCAUGGAGCGCGAGUUGAAAGAAGCUCGCAAGGCAUUCGAUCAGAAUGAUGACCAGGUUGGAAACUUGAAGGAUGCUAGCAAAAAGGAACUCGAAGAUUUGGGCGAAAGUACCGAUGGCAAGAAGAGCAAGGGAAAGGGAAAGAGAAAUGCUCGAAGGGACUCGGAUGCUACGGAGGACACGACGGUUUCGAAGAAGAGAAAGACUGGUUGA